AUGCAGUUCAUCCCCAUCAUUGAACGCGCUCCGUUUCAGGUUUACGGCGCGGCUCUGGCGUUCUGCCCGAACAAUAGCCCUGUGAAGUCAACCUUUCGGGACCGAGUAUUACCAUUCGCGAAGAGGAUCAAGUACCCCCACGAUGACUGGAGCCCCAUACUGCAAGUUCUAGAGGGUCAUAAAUACGAUGUCACUUCUGUCGCAUUUUCCAACGAUGGAAAGCUGAUCGCUUCGGCUUCGGCCGAUGACAAGAUUUGCCUCUGGGAUACAGAAACGGGCAGCUUAAAGAGGAGGCUGAGAAUCGAGAAUGCCUCCCUGGAGAACACUGCCUUCUCGCCUCGUGGCCAGUUGAUUGCUUCUGGUUCGUAUGAAAAGCAACAGAAAUUCACCAUUGAGCGCGACGACUUUCUCAGCAAUGAGCAUUGGCACCCUGGACAGGGUGCCCGGCUGGAUUCACUAGCGUUUUCGGCCAACGGUUCAGCCAAAGUCUCGGGUUCGGGCCAUGGUUCAUUGCAGCUGUGGGAUCCAGAGACAGGCAAACCUUCCAAAGAGCUUCUAAAGCAUAGUUCCACAACGAGGACAGUGGCUUUCUCGCCCGAUGGCACAAUGGUUGCAUCGAGCUACGAUUGCAGUAUCCGUUUAUGGGAUUUGAAGUCUUGCUCUCUACCGUCCGAGCAACUGCUCGAGCUGAAGAAGCCCCGAGACAACAUGAGGCGGAUGGUUCUAUCUUCAGACAGGAAGAUACUGGCCGAUUUAUCUGAAGGCAAGACGAUGAAUAUCUGGAAAUUGGAAGCUGGGACCCUGAUACCACAAGGCGCUCGCUUUCCCGCUAUUGAAAAGUUUGCGUUCUCACCUCGAUGCGAUGUCUUGGCUUUCACAACGGCCGAAUCGGAUCCAAGAAUUCAAAUCUGGAACUUGACCGAAGGAGAAAAGACUUAUGCUGUGGAAAAGAUUGGUUACGAUGUCGAAGAACUGAGCUUUUCGUCAGAUGGUAAUACACUGGCUGUACUGCUGAGUUUCUCGGUGCACCUGUUGGAUCCUGCCACUGGCGCGACACGACAAAUAUUGGAAUCACCU